AUGACCCAAGGUAACCAGCACGAGCUCACCCGCCAGAAGAAUAUUAAAAGGCAGAGCAACUCGGUUAAAGGAAAGCACCUAGAUGAUGAGAUUUCUGCUGCCGACAGCAAGCAGAGGGACUUGGAGAUCAUGCAGCAGAAGCAGAAAAAGGCAGACAAGAAGGAGGAACCCAAGUAGCUUUGUGACUUUGUGUCCAACCCUCUUGCCCUUCGCCUGUGUGCCUGGGGU